AUGCCAAGCGGCUCCACCCCAUACCCUGCCCGCACACGCGAGCCUCCAAGUACGAGCCCCCCUUCCUCACCAGACAGGCGCACCCUCAUCUCCUCUCGCCCCCCGCUCGACCCUCGCACGAGCCGCAGCUUCGCUUCUCAUAUGGCCGCGCUCCGCAUCGCGUCCGCUUGGGGGAAGCGCUCCCCUCGACCGCGUGUCGAAGCGCCCCAUUCCCCUUCUUCCCCUACCCCCUCCAUGGAGUCUGUCGACGAGCCCAUCCGCCUCGACGUGGACCCCUUCGACGAGAACGGCGCCAAGAAGCGCUGGCAGCCCUCGAAAAAUCGCUUGCGUCGCGGCGUUUCGGGCAAGAAGCCACCCGUCCCGCCACCUCUCGCUUCGACGGCCUUCGUCCGCAUCGCAGAAGAAGUACAAAUCAACGACAACACGCUCGAUGGAACAUCCCCCGUCUCUAGCUUUCUCGACUCCGCUCCGAGUUCCCCUGGCGUUGUCGAGAAGAGCCCCGAAAUUGCACCCCCGCCCGCGUUGAAGCCGCGCCCCUCGUCUGCUAGCAGGCUUGACGAAAUUCAAGCUUUGCGCCGGAACGUUGACAUGUGGGAUACGCGGAUAGACGAAUUGGAACAACGCAAUCAUUUGCUGAAGAAGCAAGUUACAAGACUUAGCGCGCGCUUUUCAAGACCACGGCCUGCGAGUCCAUAAUUUUCGCUCUUCUCCACUUGUUUUAUUCGCUUUCUUAUGUACAAACUGCAAUCCUGACUUGGCAUGCCCUGGGCGUCUUUGAGCCUUCGUCGUGUACGCUAUGUUCGUUAUCCAUUCUAGGUUUCCCAUUCCCCUAUUGAUUAUAUGUAAAGUCUUUUCUUCCCCA